CUUUCCUUUCAUAACCAAACUGGCCCGAACAGACUUUGCCCUAGCUCCAAAGUUCCCAAAUCCUUGCCCUUUGCAACGGCGAUUUGUCUCUCCAGUCUCGAGCGUUUACUACUAACGUUCUCCGGCGUCUACUACCAAGUGUUUUCCUGCGACUCCACAAGGUUCUCUCUUUUGAUUUAGAAAAACAAGAUGAAUGUUGCAACCUCACUAUGUAGAAGAUUGAAUCUCAAUGAGCUGGUUACAAAGACUCCUGUCUACAGCACUGCUAAUGAUGUAUCUGGAGGAGGAUUGAGUCUGAUGUUCAGGCGAUGGGCUACGAAAAAGACAGCAGGGUCCACAAAGAAUGGGCGAGACUCGAAUCCCAAGAGUCUUGGGGUGAAGAAGUUUGGUGGAGAGAGAGUAAUUCCUGGGAAUAUCAUUGUUCGUCAAAGAGGCACCCGUUUCCAUCCAGGCGAUUAUGUUGGUAUCGGAAAAGAUCACACCCUGUAUGCUCUAAAAGAAGGCUGUGUCAAAUUUGAACGCCACAAGUUGAGUGGUCGCAAGUGGGUGCAUGUUGAGCCCAAGGAAGGCCAUGUGCUUCACCCUGUUUACUCAAAUGUUGCAGCUCCUAAGCUGAAAACGGCUGCCUAAGUAAGUAUCUUGUUAUCAUCUGAAGUUAAUUAUGAAAUGCAACCGCAGUGGCCUUGGUAUCUGAUGGACUUGGUAGCUAGUAUUUUCAUGGCCAUAAACAUGGAAUGAGUUGCAGGCUAAUAAAAUACCUUCGAUCUCUGCCUUUUUUUUUUUGGUGGUAAAAUUUAUCUUUUGAAAGCCUGUUUUCAUCUUUAAAAACGUUUGGCAUGUUACUGAUACUCGAAUUCAUGAGCUGCAGUUAAGUCUCCCAUCAUCUAUUGAGCCUCUUUUCAUACA